GCUACAAAUCGCACAAACGCAGCCGCACGUGCGAGGCACGUGCACAGGGGAAGUCCUGGGUCGCAGCUUGUGGGUUUGUCUGGACACGCUGUAUGCUGGUCAGACAUGUCCAACUUUGUCGUUGUCGGAUUUCUGACGCUGCUUCUGCAGUUCCAACGGUCUCACCUGCUGUAUCUCCGAUCCAGUGGAGUCCUGAAUGAGGCUGCAGUUCGAGUGACGUGCUCCGGUUAUUCUCCGUUGGCUUCCAAACUCAUGGUGGCCAAACAGCUACAUCCACUCCAGGGCUCCCUCAUCCUGAAGCCCCAAUGUGAUGGCGGCGCAGAUGCCUAUAAACCCAUCAUACCAGUUGGGAAGGUCUUCAGUAUUUACUACAGAGGGGAUCACAGUUUAAGAUGCCUUUUCAAGAAGGGCACAGCUUUUACUCUGGAUAUUCAAGUUGUUGCAUUUGGGUCUAUCGUUGUCGGGACGUUGACAGUCUCCUGCCCAUUAAAACUGGUAACCGCCAAGCUCAAUCGUGAUCCAUUCCCACCGUACAAUUUGAAUUACAAAUCUGGGUCGAUGCCGGCCUCAGUCGUUGGUAUUAAAUGCAACUACGACAGUUCCGUAGACUUGACGUUCAUCCCUCAGAAAAAGAAGAAAAUAUUCUUGGUAUCCUGUUUCAAGGUUAAGUUCACGCAUACCGUUGAAGCAACGGCUGUAAAAUCUCGUGCUGUCUUAGACGCGGAUCCAUUCACGAAUUGCGUAUUUCGCUCCGACAUACCGUCUGUCCGAGAUGGCGCCACUAAAUGGAAAAGAGCUGCCAAAACUAUCAAGGGUAUUGAAGUGUCCAUCUUUGAUUACUCAACGUUGACUUGUGAAGGUACAGGUGUGAUCGUCCCUUGUAAACCCCCUCCUCCAACCACUACCACGACUCCAGCUCCAACUACAGAGAAAUUUACAACGCAGAAAUUCACGACACAACAAUGGACAACAGAAGGCUUUACAACGGAGCCUACGCCCGAAGAAACCACUCCAGGGCCCACGACAACCGAAGACUUUCCCACGGAACCAUCGACCACACAAACUACAAGACCAACAACGUCCAAAGCGACCACCCCCAAGGCCACCACUCCCAAACCAACCACGCCCAAGGCCACCACUCCCAAACCAACCACGCCCAAGGCCACCACUCCCAAACCAACCACGCCCAAGGCCACCACUCCCAAACCAACCACGCCCAAGGCCACCACUCCCAAACCAACCACGCCCAAGGCCACUCCAUCGCCACCUGGUUUCACUCUGAACAAAGCAGGAGCUUGGAUAUCCUGUUCUGAUCGUCUGUUUGACCCAUCUUUAAUAUAUUUCUCCGAGAAACUUCACCCCCUCCAUAAACUCCUUGUACUCAGACCCAGCUGCAAGGGUGGGUCAGACAUAAAGGCACUUCCUGCAGAUCUGUAUGUGUAUUACAGAGGAGAGGCGAACACAUGCCUCUUCCAGGUCAAAGGAUCCCUCUAUACAAUUCGGUUUGACGUUUUGGCAUAUGGUACGCGCUCUAUUGGGCGCCUUGAUUUCUAUUAUCUCACAACCUCUCACAAAACACAUGUACCGCAUGUAUUCCCACCAUACCCGCUCCGAAUAAUCCCUAAUCUCAUUCAAAAUGUUGAUAUUGACUGCAGUAAGAAAAACUCCAUCACCGUACAGCUGCUUCCACAACGAUCUAAAGUCGUCGUUGCUUUGAAAUGUCAGGACUCGACCAAAACAUUUGUCGUCAAUAAUACACCUGUGGAGGUCAAGAUCUGGAAGAAGGGAGCUGACAAACGGUCAAAAUGUGUUUUCAGAAAUGAUAUCGGGAUACAACCCGGCGCCAUGAUGCCGAAGUUGAACGUUCCUGUGCUAUUUUUCAAAAUGGCAGAUUUCAGUUAUCUGGGCACAGGUAGCAUUGAACCUUGCAACGAAAAUCCGGAUAAGUUCAUAUUGGACGUCAGCUCUCACUGCGGCCGGUCGACGUCAGACGCAGCCUGGAUCACCGGCAUUAGUGACGUUGACGCGGAGUUCCAAGCUGUUUGCAAGUCUGGAAACGUCUUCAAAUUCCACAACGCCAACGGGGAUCGCGUCAACUACCGCCUGCCUGUGCAGUUCAAGGGAGAUACCUCGAAAAAAUGCGUCUUCAACAGGAAGGAGAAUUCCCAAGUUUACGUCAUCACUGUGAAAGCAAGCUGGGGCGAGGGGAGUAACCUGAUCCACAAAAGCAACAGAGAAUACCAGGUGACGUGCGUUUAUGGCAGUCGAGGUUCAGACGACACUCAAAUCCAGAGCAUUUCUGACAGGCUUAUCGCGGCAAAGACCGUGCAGGAGAACAGGGGCCCGGAUAGUGUGUCCACCAUUCAGCUGGACGUUGUGGAUGUCCUGGGCGCGCCAGUCACCUUCAUGCCACAGGGAAGGAAGGUUAAGUUGAGUGCCAGGAGCAAAGGUGAAGGACGAGAACUGGGCAUCAGGACGAUCGGGUGUGACGCCAUUGGCACGAAGACAAAGGCCAGGUACGCCGUGAUCCGUGCAGGCUGUGGGGACGGGCUGAUUUUCAAGAAGAGCGACGGAUUUACAACAAAUGGACUCGCAGCUACUAGCCCAUACUUCAAGGUCUUCGCCAUGCGCGAUGACAAUCUGGUGAAAUUUGAGUGUAACUUUACAAUGUGCGCCACCAACUGUGACGGCAGUUCCUGCAGCGUCAGUAGACGACGUCGGGAUGUUCUCGAAGGCAGCGUCGGCAUUGAGCAUGCAUACACAAGGACCAUCAGACUAUUGUGAUUGGGUACCCAUAAAAUCGGGAAUGGGA